AUGGCUAAUGCGCACCAUGAACGUGUUGCUGGGUGGCAGAACGACCUGCUCCCCCACAUCCUCGAGCGCCUCGCGCGCGCAACACCCUCGGCCGCGUACGGCCUGUGGCCCACCGCCUACCGCGCCGUCACCUACGCGCAGCUGGCCAACGUCGUCAACGGGCUCGCGUGGCUUUUUGCCGAGAGGCUGGGCCCGGGGAGGAAGAAAGGCGAGGAGGAGGAGGAGGAGUUCCUGGCGUACGUGGGGCCUAACGAUGUGAGGUUCACGGCGGCGAUACUGGCGGCGAUGAAGGCGGGGUUUACGCUGUUCUUGACAUCACCACGAAAUAGUCCGGCGGCGCAUCGUGGGCUGUUCGACGCGCUGGAGUGUAAGACGCUAGUCACGACGGACCCUAGUCCGCCGGCGGCUGUUACGAUUCUCGAGGCUGUGAAGCCGCGCCUGCUUACGAUUCCGAGUGUCGAGGAGCUGUUACAAACCCAAUACCCCGAGUUUCCCUUUGAAACGACUUUUGAGGAGAGUCGAUGGGACUCCUUUUUGGUCAUACAUACAUCUGGGUCAACAGGUUUGCCAAAGCCGCUCAUAUGGACUAAUGAGACCAUAGCACGGCAUCUCAACUAUUGCGGUCGCAGUCCACCUGAGGGGGUUGUCUCGGUCGAUGGCAUUAUCCAUGGCAAACGUGUCAUUGCAACAGUACCCCCUUUCCACGGAGCCGGCAUGAUACAAUACAUGGGAAACGCCCUCCCCUUCGGCAAUGUCGUAGUCGCACCAGCAACCGCCGCCAUCGUAAGCGGCCAAGGCCUCGUCGACGCGCUGAAGCAGACACCCGCCGACGUGGCGAUCCUCGUACCGUCGGUCGUCGCAGAACUAGCACAGGACCCCGAGCUGCUGGACUACUGUGCAAAGCACCUCGAGCUGAUCAUCUACAUCGGCGGCGACCUCCCCCAAGCCAUCGGCGACCGCGUAGCCGCAAAAGUGCAGCUGCGCUGCCAAUGGGGAGCAUCUGAGGUCGGCAUCCCGCAGCAGCUGAUCCCAGAGGGUCUGGGACCGCUCGACUGGCGCUACGUGCAGUUCCACCCGUGUAUCGGCGCGGUUUUCGACGAAGUCACCGACGGCACGUACGAGCUGGUUAUACGGCGCGACGAGGCACUGGCCGACACGCAGCCUACGUUUAGCAUACGGGGGCUCGACAAGCUGGAGAAGGAGUACCGCACGAGAGACUUGUUCGAGCCUCACCCGACCGUCCCUAACGCGUGGUGUUGGCGGGCCCGCGCCGACGACAUCAUCGUGUUCCUCAACGGCGAGAAGACGAACCCGGUGUCCAUGGAGCAGCACGUCCUGGCGCGGAACCACGAGCUAAUAAGCGGCGCCAUCGUCAUCGGCGCACAGCGGUUUCAGGCCGCGCUGCUCAUCGAGCCGGCUACUGCAAAAUCCCUGACUAUGGCGGAGCAGGCGGCUCUGAUUGAAAGGGUGUGGCCUAGCGUCGAGGAGGCAAACCGCGCGGCGCCGGCGCAUGCGCGCGUGGAGAAGACGCUGAUCCUCGUCACGCCUGCGAACUGUCGCAUGGUUCGCGCGGGCAAGGGGACGAUACAGCGAAUGGCAAGCAUUAAACAGUACGAGGCUGAGAUCGACAAGCUGUAUGCGGAUGUUGAGGCGGCGGUAGAGGAUGAUGACGCUGCCCGCGCGCCGCUAAACCUAGCCAGCAAAGAUAUAGUCGCGCAGCUUAUACGGGACAGUGUAUCCGCCGUCACAGGCCAGGAGCUAAGCGCAGACAACGACACGGCGAGUUUCUUCGAUAGGGGCAUGGAUUCUCUGCAGGCGCUGCAGCUGACGCGCGCGCUGAGACGGGUUCUUCAUCGCACCAAUAUUGCCCUGUCCACGGUAUAUCAGAACCCCACCGUCGAGCAGCUUGUGUCGGCGCUGCUAGAGGAGGAAAGUAGUGUAAACGGGGCUGAUGCUGAUCAAGAAUUGAUGGCGCCGUUGCUGGCGACGUAUCGGGGUCUUAUUCACGAGAUCCCCACGGCGCUUGGGGGUGUCUCGUCGUCUCCAUUGGAGGAAUCUGAGGGCAUAGUUGAUGGCGAUGUCCUCCUAACAGGCUCCACCGGCACCCUCGGCACGUAUCUCCUGCGCGCGCUCCUUGACCGCCCCAGCCCCAGCCCCAGACACAUCUUCUGCCUCAACCGCAGCCCCGACGGCGGCCUCGCCACCCAGCACUCCCGCUUCGAAGCCGCGGGCCUAUCAACAGCCGACCUAAACGAGCGCGUCACGUUCCUACAAGCAGAUCUCGCGCAACCCCGCUUGGGGCUCGAUGAGGAGACGUAUGUAGGGUUAAGGAAGAGGGUUCGGCUUGUGGUUCACAAUGCGUGGCCGGUGAACUUUAAUCUGGGAUUGGCUGCGUUUGGUCCGCUGCUGAAGGGGUUGGUUGGGUUGUUUGGGCUACUUUCACCGACGCCAUCACCCGAGAUAAAGACGGAGACACAGCCAAAGCCACCAGGCCGACGCCGCCGCUUCGUUUUCAUAUCGUCGGUUGGUGCCGUGGGUGGUCUCAUCAAUACCAACACCAACGACAACGACAACGACAAACUGGAUUUAGGAGUGGCAGCACCAGAAGCCAUCCUCUCCUCCCUCACCACCCCCUUCGCAAACGGCUACGCGCGGAGCAAGUUCCUCGCCGAGAUCCUCUGCGACACCGCCGCCAAACAUCUGGGUCCCGCGGUGUCGGUUGCGGUGGCGCGCGUGGGGCAGGUGGCUGGUGCUGUGCGCCAACUUCGGCCGCGGGGAGCUGAGAUGGUGUGGAAUCGCGCGGAGUGGUUCCCGAGUCUGGUGGUCGGGUCGCUACGGCUGGGGUGUUUGCCGAGUGAUCUGGGCGCGCAGUUCAGCGAGGUGGAUUGGUUGCCGGUGGAUGUUUUGGCGGAUGUGGUGGUUGAUCUUGCGUUGUUACAUCCUCGCAGUGGUAAUAGUAGUAGUAGUAGUAGUAGUAGUGGAAAUGGUGCUGACGUGUUUAACCUGCGGAACCCGCACACCGUACCUUGGGAAACACUAAUCCCAGCCGUCGCGGAGACUGCCAAGGAGCUGCUUGGCCAAACGCUCCAAGUUGUUUCGCCGGCCGUCUGGCUAGCCCGGCUGGACGAGAGUAUGGCAGAGGCGACGAAAGGAGAGAGUAGCGGCCUGGAAGACGCGGUGAAGUCGAAUCCGGCGAUCAAGCUUCUGGAUUUCUACCGUGAUGGCCUGUGGGCGGAAAGUGAGAGUAAGAAGAAUGCGUCGUCAAGGCCUAUGGCGGUGGAGAGGGCGUGUGCGGGGAGCGAGACGCUGAGGGGUGUUUCGCCUGUGACGGGUGAGUGGAUGAGGAGGUGGGUUGAGGAGUGGAUAGGGGGGUUGUGAGGAUUUGUUGUUAGGGUUGGGGUUGAUGAUGUUUGUGCUGAUUCAUACCUAGGUAGAUA